CCACCACGGGUAAUAAAAUUGAAAAGGAAAUGUUUUAACGCGCACACACAUACACACACAUAAACACGAAUGAGGAAAAUGCCCUGUCACAUCCUUAACCAGUCCAUUUCCAUGUGCGCACUAUAGUUUUUCCUUUCUUCAACGAUGACCAUCUCCUCCAAAAUCCCAAAAUCAAACUUAGGGUUUUCUGAACUUCAAUUAACCUCUUCUUCUCCUUCUCUUUUGUCUUCUUUCUUCUCUUCUCGAUUUCUGUCUAAUCAGUCAGAAGAGUACAGUGAUUCUCUCUAAUUUUAUUGAAUUUUAUUCUUUUUCCAAUACAUGGACCAACAGCAGCAGCAGAAGCUGGAGGAGUGUAGACCUUGUAUACAACAAGAUGAGGAACACCGGAUUCUUCACAAUUCUUUACCUGAUUCUGACCUUAUGACCAUCGAUCAACGCGAGACGAUUCGGGAAAUGGACGAUUCGCAGCUUGUUGGACAUUCGCCUGCUGUUGCGGCACUCCCACGAGAUGUUUCUAUGGUGGAUGUCGAGGUUAGAACUGUUGCUACAGUUCCAGUUGCGGAUGUGGGUACGAUCAAGAGAAAGCGCGGCCGGCCUCCCCGAAUUCAAGGGAAAACCGGGCCACCACCUUCGUCUCAGAGGAAGAAGAAAGAUGAGGAGGAUGUUUGUUUUAUUUGUUUUGAUGGUGGCAGUCUUGUGCUUUGUGAUCGCCGGGGUUGCCCCAAGGCAUAUCAUCCAGCAUGUAUCAAGAGGGAUGAAUCAUUCUUUCGGUCAAAGGCUAAAUGGAAUUGCGGAUGGCACAUAUGUAGCAGUUGUCAGAAGACUUCACAGUAUAUGUGCUAUACUUGUACAUACUCCUUGUGCAAUGCAUGCAUCAAAGGUGCUGAUUAUGUGUGUGUGAGAGGGAAUAAGGGAUUUUGUGGAACAUGCUUGAGAACUAUAAUGCUGAUUGAAAAUAUUUCGCUGGGAAGUACGGAAAUGGUUCAAGUGGAUUUUGAUGACAAAACUAGCUGGGAGUAUCUCUUUAAGGUCUAUUGGGUUUACUUGAAAGCUAAGCUAUCUUUAACAGUAGAGGAGCUAACUAGAGCUAAAAAUCCUUGGAAGGGAGAUGAGUUAGCUAAGGCUAAAAAUUAUUGGAAGGGAGCUGGGGUUGUGUUUCCAAAGGAGGCAUCAUCAGGUGAAAUUUAUCAUGGUUAUGAUGAGAAAAGCUCUUGCUUAAACAACUUCUGCAGAGAUGUGGAGGCAGAUAAUUCUAAAAGACGAAAAACUAAGGAUCAAAUGAACCUUAUUAAUGAGAAACACACUCUAGUCGUGGAAAAAUCUGGUAUUGACAAAGUCACACCUUUGCUUGAAGGGACAACUUGGGCGACAAAGGAGCUCUUGGAGUUUGUAGCACACAUGAGGAAUGGGGACACAUCCAUGCUAUCUCAGCUUGAUGUCCAAGGUCUUUUAUUGGAAUAUGUAAAAAGAAACAAUCUCCGUGAUCCAUGCCAGAAAUCUGAAAUUGUUUGUGAUUCAAGGCUCAUAACUCUGUUUGGAAAGUCACGUGUGGGUCAUUUUGAAAUGCUGAAGCUUCUUGAAUACCAUUUUCUUAUAAAGGAAAAUUCUCCAGCUAAUGAUGCUGUUGGUGGACAGUUAGAGGCUGCUGGAAGCACUGAGAGUCAAUUGAUUAUGGGUAAUGACGGAAGGUGUAUAACACACAAGAAGAUGGAUGAGAGGGGACCAGAAUGUAAUCCAAAUCCAGAUGAAUAUGCAGCAAUAGACGAUCACAAUAUUAACUUGUUAUACCUAAAGCGUGGUUUGAUGGAGAAUCUAAUGGAUGAUAUUGAGAAUUUUCAAGAAAAGGUUGUUGGGUCAUUCGUGCGAACUAGGGUUUUGGGUGGUGAUCAAAAGCAAGAUAUGCAUAGGCUUGUCAAAGUUGUAGGUACUAGCAAGGUGGCUGAAUCAUAUAAAGUUGGCUCAAGAACGACUGAUGUCAUGCUUGAAAUAUUAAAUUUGGACAAGAAAGAGGUUAUAUCAAUUGAUGGAGUUUCAAAUCAGGAGUUUUCAGAGGAUGAAUGCAGACGUUUACGUGAGAGUAUAAAAUGUGGGCUUGUCAAACGGUUGAAAGUGGGUGAGAUUCAAGAAAAAGCAAUGGCACUUCAACCUGUGAAAGUUAGUGAUGUGAGUUCCAGCUGGGCAGUUUCAUUGCCCAAGAUACAUGCUGACCCAAAUAUGGAUCCAAAUCAUGAAUCUGGUGAAGAUGCUGAAGAAUCAAAUGAAAAGAAACAAGGUGAGCAUGUGAGGCCAAGAUUAAUCGAUGUUGGCAGAAAGACGGCAGACCUCAAUUAUUCACUAAGAGAAGUUGAUGAGAAUAUGGUAGGAAACAGUGCAGGAAAGAAUUUAGUUACUUCUUGUGAGAGAAAUAGAAACAUAUUCAGUACUCUUGUUCACGAGAGAGUUGAUAAAUCCACAUGGAGUCAGGAAGGGGAUGCAUAUGGCCUUAAUCUGAAUGCUUCAAGGGAACAGUUAGGUGCCACUGAUGAUUGGCAUAGUCAAGCAGCUGUUCAAUCUGAUUCACUUCCGGAGGUUGCAUCUACUGUUAUCCCAUCACCACUUUCUUCAGGGAGAGAGCAACCUUUUACUGAUUUUGAGACAGAAAAACUGUGGCACUACCAGGAUCCCUUUGGAAAAGUUCACGGGCCAUUUUCUGUGAUCCAGCUGCGGAAAUGGAAUGCAAGUGGGGUUUUUCCUGCUGAUUUCAGAGUAUGGAGGAUAAACGAGAAGCAAGAUGACUCUAUUCUUUUGGCUGAUGCAUUGGUUUGUCGGCUUUCUAAAGAGUCAGUGCAGCACAGCAAUGGCUAUUUACUGCCUCAGGAAGCAAAGGUUCCCUCUAAUGAUGCACGUAUAAAGUGUGAACAUGGGCUCAGUGAGAGUACUGAUGCCACUUGGAUAAAUGGUAAAGGAGUCGAUCAUGACCAGAAGCCUGUGCAAAAUGCUGUUAGUGUCAAUGGUAAUGCUGAUGAUGAAAUUGUAAACAGUGGUGAGUUGUCCAAAGGUGGAAAGUCUUGGGCUAGCCCCUCACCUUCAUCUUCUGAGAAGUUUUUUGGAAGUUUGUUGCUUCAAUUAAGGGAAGGACAUGUGGAUGAAAAAUGGACUUUGAGUCCAAGCAAUGCAGAUGGGAAUUCAUACAGGACUGCUGAGGGUAAAAAUAAUGUCAAAGAGAGUGAUGAGCAACGAGAACGAACUGACAGUGAGGAUUAUUCAAGCCAAUCCUCUGGACAGAACUGGGGUUCUCAACCAAUAAACAGUUCUUCAAGUGGAUGGGACUCCAACCCUAGUUUUGUGCCUGUGGCCAAGUCUACUGAUAAAUCAGAGCAGAAUCAACAAAUAGGUUUCUCUGAUCUGCUUAGACAACCACCAAAGCAUAGUGAUGGAGGUUUGAAAGGUCAGAGCGCUAAUAACAAACCUACUGUUUGUUCAAGUGUUCCUGUCCAAGACUCUGGGCCAAGUUGGAGCACUGCUUCCAGUUUAGUGGUUGGUGGUGGACAACGUCCCGAAGUAGCUGCUGACUGGGGUAGCUAUUCUACUACUCCUGCCAAACCUUCUGUUGAGGAGUGGGAUUCAAAUGUUGUGAGCGCAUCUUCACUGAAACCAACUGAAGGGGAUCAUGCUGCUACUCCAACUUCAGGAACUGACCAACUGACUCAUUCUUCGCCAACACACCCAGCAAUUGACGCAUCUAGUUGGCAUCCGAUUGUUCCUGAACCCAAUGAGUUCUGCUCUUUAGUUGAUGAAUCUGUUUCAGAUCUGUUGGCUGAGGUUGAAGCAAUGGAAUCUCUUGGUGGAUUGCCUUCUCCUACUUCAAAAAUGACACAUGGUGGGGAACUGACACCAGGUUCUGAUGAUGAUUGCUUUAGUCCUGUUGAGCCAUUUAGCCCAGCACCUGAUCCAGGUAAAAGUGAUGCAUUGAGUUCCACUGGUGAUGUACAAAUGCCUCCUCAUUUGACUUCUUCUGAUGAACUGCUUCGGCUAUCUCUCAUGCCUUCUCGAGCAUCUCAACUUUCUUCUCAGAUGACUGUGACUGCUAAACCUCACCAUCUAUCCCGGAUGCCUCUGCAUUCGAUUGUACCAGAUGACAAUUACAGGGCAUCUUCUGUGCCGUCUCAGUCGACCUUAACAGAGGAACCACUAGGAUUGUGGCAGACUGGUAUUCUUAAUCCUCAAAAAAGCUUUAGUGGGCAUUCGCCUUCAAGUGCUGACACAAAGCCCAGUGAUGUUUCAGUUAAUCAAUGGGAAAGACGCCCAGAAAUACAACCUCGGGCAUCUUCAACUGUUAAGCAAGGUGACACAGGGUCAGGUAUCCGGGGUGCAACUCCAUCAGCAGUUAGCCAAAUGGAAACUGGUUCUGACACACGGCGUGCAAACUUAAAUAGGAGGGCACCUCAAGGAAGUACAAACAUGACAUGGGGAACUGGUCAUGGGUCAGUUCAGCAACAAAAUAGUUCAGUUCCAGCUGUUUCUACAAGUAAUAUAGGUGUAGGCAGCUGGGGAAGCCAGCCAAGAAAUAGUGGAGACAACAGAUAUUCUAGUCCAAGAGACCACCGUAGUAACUAUUUUCAAGAUCGAGAAUCAGGUUUUGGUAGGGAUAGAUCUUCAUGGAACAGGCAGCCGACAUAUGGUUUUGGAAAUGGAGGAGGUUCUUCCAAGCCUCAGGGUAAGGGGCAGCGAGUGUGUAAAUUUUAUGAAAGCGGGUACUGCAAGAAGGGGGCAUCAUGUAGUUAUUGGCACCCUUAAUAAUAUUAGAAUCCAGUUUCCACGCAAUUAUUGUGCAUUCAAAUGUAAUCAUCAAUUGUAUUAGGAAGUUUGGCAAUGUCAUUGUUCUAAUUUAACAUGUAAAAUCAUUAAAAAGUGGCACAAUAUAUUUGUUCUUUGGUUAGUUCAGUUUAGAGCUGCAUGUUGCAGCAGUCAGCAGAUAUAAUUUUUUUUCCCCCGUUUCCGAGCAAUGCAGAAUGUACUCUAGGAAUUUUUCUGUGACAAAUGAUUGCAGCAAUUUGUGCUGUGACCUUGAAUAUUGUAACGAUAAAUCUGUGCUGCAUUUGCUUUA